CUCUCCAGGUUGUUGGCUUUCCUUUUCACAACCCAUCGCGGCAGCCAUUUUUCUCUGCUCCCGAAUUGCCUCUCCCUCUCCGGUGCAUUUUGUAACUUUUCUACCAAGACAAACUAAUGUGCAUAUGUUAAUCUGUGAACUCGACGAUUUCAAGUAAUCCAGCUUAAUCUGAAUGUAGAUUGGACUGUGUUGAGUUCAGAUUACUGAGUGAGUGAGCUAAGAGCUGUCCAAAUUACAAAGAAAGCGCGGUAGUAGUGAAAUACGAUUUUGAAAUCAGUUAGUGAAGCAAUGGGAGAUGACCGGUUGGCAUCCACGCACUCUACAGUGUUCAUAGAGUCAGAGGAUUUGCAUGGCCAAAGGACUGAAAUCGAAGGAUAUGAUUUCAAUCAGGGAGUAGACUACCCUCGCCUCGUUAGCUCCAUGGUCUCCACCGGCUUCCAAGCCUCCAAUCUCGGAGAUGCCAUUCAAAUCGUCAACCAAAUGCUAGAUUGGAGUCUAGCAGAUGAGGCUAUAGAUGAAGAUUGCAAUGAGGAGGAGAGGGAUUUGAAAUACAGAAAGUCGGUGAAAUGCAAGGUGUUUCUAGGUUUUACUUCGAAUUUGGUUUCGUCUGGGAUUAGAGAUACAAUUCGGUACUUGGUGGAGCACCAUAUGGUGGAUGUUGUGGUUUCAACUGCUGGGGGUAUAGAGGAGGAUCUAGUUAAAUGCCUUGCGCCCACUUACAGAGGUGAUUUCUCUCUACCGGGAGCACUUUUACGGUCAAAAGGCUUGAAUCGUAUUGGUAAUUUGCUUGUUCCUAAUGACAACUACUGCAAAUUUGAGGAUUGGAUCAUACCAAUUUUCGACCAGAUGUUGAAGGACCAAACUGAGCAGAACUUAUUGUGGACUCCGUCUAAAUUGAUUUCACGCUUGGGGAAGGAAAUAAAUGAUCGACGUUCAUACCUUUAUUGGGCAUACAAGAACAAUAUCCCAGUUUAUUGUCCAGGUUUAACGGAUGGCUCACUGGGAGACAUGUUGUACUUUCAUUCUUUCCGCAGCCCAGGCCUGAUCAUCGACUUAGUGCAAGAUAUUAGGGCCAUGAAUGAUGAAGCUGUCCAUGCAAGCCCAAGGAAGACUGGAAUGAUCAUUCUCGGAGGGGGCAUGCCCAAACAUCACAUUUCCAAUGCCAAUAUGUUUCGUAAUGGUGCGGAUUAUGCUGUCUUCAUCAAUACUGCGCAAGAGUUUGAUGGGAGUGAUUCUGGAGCGCGUCCUGACGAGGCUGUAUCAUGGGGAAAAAUACGGGAUUCUGCCAAAACUGUCAAGGUGCAUUGCGAUGCAACAAUUGCUUUCCCUCUGCUGGUUGCUGAAACAUUUGCGAAGAACGCUGUCCAGACUACGACUUGACACAGUUUUUGAUUGCAAAGAUUGAUUCAUAGUAUACGUCUUUACAUGAUAAAGCCGUUAACAUAGGGUUAGGAAGCAUUCUGAUAGCGCAUUUCUUCCCCGUAUGUUGGAUUAAAUUGAUGUACUUUACUUCCUUUAUCUUGGAGGUUGAGACGCCAAACACUUUGGGGAAAUUUUGCUCGUUAAUGUUGAUCAUUUUGUUCAGUUUCGUGUUUGGAACUCCUGUAUGAAUGACAAGUCCAUUUACUCGGGCUUA